AUGCUUUCACAACAAGAAUAUGUCGACACAAAAUGGAAACUCAAGAAUGUUCCAUCAUCUAUUACUGGUCAAACACGACAAAAUUAUCGUCAAAUGCUCAAGAAGAAACUCAAGGAACACAAGUAUGCAUCUAUGUAUCCACCAUUUGAACCACUUCCUCAUUUUAUUUAUCAUAUUAAUCAUAUUACACCUGAUGUUAUAUUAAAUCAAAUCAUACAAAUGGCAACAACAUCAAAUCUUUUUACAUUAGACACCGAAUCAAUCAAUAUUUACAAAAGUAAAAAUAAACCCGUCUUGAUUCAAAUUCAAGUUCUUUUACCACAUAAUUCAUCGGUCGUCUUAAUUUUAUAUAUCUGGGGAAAAAUUCAAGAAUUAAUUUCAUUUACAAUUUAUACAUUAUUUUCUGAAACACAAUGUUAUCUUCCAAAUGUAAAAAAUUUACAAGAUAUAUUUAAACAAGAAUGGCAACAAACACAUCCACAUGUACUAUCAAAUGAAUUAGUAAAUAAAUGUUUAUGUGAAGAAUGUAUUAAUAUAUCACCAUCAAAUCCUUGGGGCCUUCAAGAUGCUAUUGCAUUUCAACUACAUGAAUGGUUAGAUAAAAGACAUUCAACAUCAUCAUUUCAUAUUGGAUUAGAUACAAAUCUUUUUCCUAUGAAUGAACGUGAACAACAACAUCGUCAUCAAUUAACAAGGUAUGCUGCUGAUGAUUGUCUUUCGAUGCAACGAAUAUUAAUUAGUUUAAAUUUGAUUCAAUUAAAUUAUUAUAAUUCAUCAACACGAACUGUUACAACUUCUAUAUCAUCAACAAUAUCAAACAACCAUCAUAUAAAUAUUGAAGUUCGAUGUAUGUCCGAUGAAGAUGAUUUACCUAUAAUACAACAAUCUAUACAUGAAACGAAUACAUUUAUUUCUAAUGAUAAAUCAUCACCGACAAAUAAUGAAACAGGUAUACAACAAUCAACUAAAGUAACAUCAACUACAUCAACAUCCAACAAAGAAACAAAUAAUGAUCAAACAAAUAAAUUAGAAUUAAAUUCAAAUCAUUUUUCAAAUAAUCAUCAUCAACAAAUUAAUGUAUUAAGUAAAGAAGAACGUAAAAGAAUCCACAACCGUACUUGCACAAAGAAACAACGAAAAAAAAAUUUUCAACAUGAAAUUAUUAUACGUAAUAUCGAUCGUCGUUUUCCAAUAAAAAAAAUAAAAAAAAUUCUUCGACAACGUUCAAUUGAAUUUAGUGGUGUUAAUACAUCUAAAUCAUCACGACCAGAUCGAAAACACCUAUAUAUUGGUAUAAAAAAUAAACAUUUAUUAUCAGAAUAUGAACAACAAAUCAAAUACUUAUUUACAACUGCACAUUAUAACCAAUUAAAUAGAUCAUCUUAUACAGAUGAUCGAUAUAUACACCGUCGUCAUCAACAUCGAACCAAAUGA